AUGGACGAUGUGAAGGCUAUCAUACAAGUUUGCAGGGCUUGGAAAAUUGACAUCAUGUUAGGAUUUCACCUUGACAUGGCCAUGUUUCUAAUACGCAAAAGACAACUCUCUCAUCCUCAAGUAUUUGGAACGGAGUGGACAACUGCCGACAAUUUUUACCGCCGUUUACACCGCCAAUUGCGAAAUGAGUUACGAGGAAACAAAUUGCUUCAAGGACCGUUGACCCUCUGCCUAACUACCUCAGAAAUAUACACCACUUUGUCUACAGUUCAUGGCAACAUGGGUAUGCACAAGCAUGGACGAAAGUGCGCAAGGUCUAUCUCCCGUAUAAUGUUCGACAGUCCCAUUGGGUGGCUUUAG